CACACACACUAAACACUGCAAUGUCCGCCGCCAGCACCGAGACGAGCGCCCCGUUGCCUGCGGCCGCCAGCCGGGUGUUCUUCCAGCCGCUGGCCGGGGUAGGGUGCGCUGUUGGGUGCGCUGGGUCCGGACCCAUGCCGCGGGACGACGCGGUCCAGAGGAAGCAGGGGAAAGUGACGGUGAAAUACGACAGGAAGGAGCUGCGGAAGAGACUGAUCUUGGAGGAGUGGAUUAUUGAACAACUGAGCGAUCUGUACGACUGUGAGGAAGAGGAGAUGCCAGAGGUGGAGAUAGACAUCGAUGACCUGUUGGAAGUCAACAACGAAGACGAGAGAGCCGUCAAACUACAGGAAUCCUUAAUGGACUGCUAUAAACCCACGGAGGUCUUUGUCAGUGAGUUGUUAGGGAGGAUAAGAGGAAUGAGGAAACUCACUGCUCCCACCAAGAAGGGUCUAUAAUGGAUGUCAACCAACCGCAACUCAACCGCAACUCAACCAUAACCAGAUUUGGACAAGUAUAGACAAUUCAAACUCAUCUCAACCUCAUCGAAUCUCUCCUGCAACUCAACUACACGGACCGUCCAAUAGCUCAGUGACACACCCCAUUAUUAUCCCUUAAAGGAAAACUACCCCCCACAAAAAAAUAUGUUGGUGUUUGUUUCAUUUGUCCAUUGUUGAUACAGUCCAUUGUUGAUACAGUCCAUUGUUGAUACAGUCCAUUGUUGAUACAGUCCAUUGUUGAUAUACCAGCUGUGUUUCUCUAUUCUUGCCCGAGCACUACACAUCUAUCAUACCAGCUGUGUUUCUCUAUAACCACUACAUAACUACAUAACACAAUGCAACCCAAUCACAACACAUAACCCCUACAUAACCACUACAUAACUACAUAACACAAUGCAACCCAAUCACAACACAUAACCCCUACAUAACCACUACAUAACCAUUACAUAACCAUUACAUAACCACUACAUAACUACAUAACACAAUGCAACCCAAUCACAACACAUAACCCCUACAUAACCACUACAUAACUACAUAACACAAUGCAACCCAAUCACAACACAUAACCCCUACAUAACCACUACAUAACCACUACAUAACCACUACAUAACUACAUAACACAAUGCAACCCAACCACAACACAUAACUACUACAUAACCACUACAUAACCCUACAUAACCACUACAUAACCACUACAUAACUACAUAACACAAUGCAACCCAAUCACAACACAUAACCCCUACAUAACCAUUACAUAACCCUACAUAACUACUACAUAUCCAUUACAUAACCACUACAUACCUACAUAACACAAUGCAACCCAAUCACAACACAUAACCACUACAUAACCACUACAUACCCAC